AUGCCUGAGCUGCGUAGCAGACCACGCAGAACCCGGGCACCCAAAAACCCUGACCCGAUUCUGAACCAGAACCCGAACCCGAUCACCCAGCCUCAGCCUCAACCACCUCAGAAGCUAACUGUGCGGAAGAGUAGGACCGCACAGAACAAGAAGAAUAAGGAAAAGAAGGCAGUUGGUGUCGGCAAGAGGAGGAGGGCCAGGGCUGGUCCGGUCAUUGAAACGAGGUCGUUUAAGUUAGACGAAGAACAGGCUGGUGGUGAGGGAGCCAUGGAUGAGUACGAUAGCGGUGGCCGCAGUGCCGAUAAAGGUCCCGGAGCUGAGGAUGAGGGCUUAGCUCCUAUUCCCGAGAAGGUCCAGGUUGGUGGUUCCCCAGUAUACAAAAUAGAAAAGAAAUUGGGGAAAGGAGGCUUUGGACAAGUGUAUGUAGGUCGACGCAUGGGGACUGGCCCUGGAGCUGUUGAGGUUGCGUUGAAAUUUGAGCAUAGAAGCAGCAAAGGAUGUAACUAUGGCCCACCUUACGAAUGGCAAAUUUACAAUGCACUCGGCGGUAGUCAUGGGGUGCCACGAGUUCAUUAUAAGGGCCGUCAAGCUGACUACUACAUCAUGGUGAUGGAUAUGCUUGGACCUAGCUUGUGGGAUGUCUGGAAUAACAGCUCACACACGAUGUCAAUUGAAAUGGUUGCAUGUAUUGCCAUUGAGGCAAUAUCCAUAUUGGAGAAGAUGCACUCUAGAGGAUAUGUACAUGGGGAUGUGAAACCUGAGAACUUUUUGCUUGGUCCCCCUGGUACUCUUGAGGAGAAGAAGCUGUUUCUUGUUGACCUUGGAUUAGCCACCAGGUGGCGAGAUUCAACUGGCCAGCAUGUUGACUAUGAUCAACGACCAGAUGUUUUCAGGGGAACGGUAAGGUAUGCAAGUGUGCAUGCUCAUCUUGGUAGAACUGGCAGCAGGCGAGAUGACUUGGAAUCUCUAGCUUACACACUGAUAUUUCUUCUUCGUGGCCGGUUGCCAUGGCAAGGAUAUCAGGGAGAAAAUAAAGGAUUCCUUGUCUGCAAGAAAAAGAUGGUCACUUCCCCAGAAACUCUGUGUUGCUUCUGCCCUCAACCAUUCAGACAGUUUCUUGAGCCAAUAAAUACUGAUGGUGCUCAGAAGCUUAUAUGUCAAGUUGGACAAAAGAGAGGAAGAUUGACCAUGGAGGAGGAGGAUGAUGAGCAACCAAAGAAGAAGAUUCGUAUGGGGAUGCCUGCAACACAAUGGAUUAGUGUAUACAAUGCUCGUAGGCCUAUGAAGCAAAGAUAUCACUAUAAUGUUGCGGAUGUGAGGCUCUCCCAACACAUUGAGAAAGGAAAUGAGGAUGGGUUAUUUAUUAGCAGUGUGGCUUCCUGUUCAAAUCUUUGGGCUCUUAUAAUGGAUGCUGGCACUGGCUUCAGUUCCCAAGUUUAUGAACUUUCUCCCUAUUUUCUUCAUAAGGAAUGGAUUAUGGAGCAAUGGGACAAAAACUACUAUAUCAGCGCAAUAGCAGGAACUAGCAAUGGAAGCUCAUUAGUUGUAAUGUCUAAAGGGACACAAUUCUUACAGCAGUCAUAUAAAGUCAGUGAGUCAUUUCCUUUCAAGUGGAUUAAUAAAAAAUGGAGGGAAGGAUUUUAUGUUACUGCAAUGGCCACUGCCGGGAGUAGAUGGGCUAUUGUUAUGUCCCGUGGUGCAGGAUUUUCUGACCAGGUUGUGGAACUAGAUUUCCUGUAUCCAAGUGAAGGCAUUCAUCGAAGGUGGGAUCAUGGUUUCCGCAUCACGUCAACUGCAGCAACUUGGGAUCAGGCAGCUUUUGUCCUUAGUGUUCCGAGGAGAAAACUGGCAGAUGAAACUCAAGAGACGCUUCGAACUUCUGCUUUUCCUAGUACUCAUGUUAAGGAGAAAUGGGCAAAAAAUCUGUCUUUGAAGCAGAACCACAAUAGGGAAGGUUAUAUUGCACCAAUUGAUGAAGUAAGACCUGUGAUGCCAAGAAAGGAAAGACCACCUAUCUUAACAUUGCUAUAUGGUUUCAUUAUCUAUUAG